CAUCCGCGACACUCACCGCGUCCCGCCGGGAUGGAGAUGCUGCUCCCACGCGCGGCGGCCCCGACGAGCUUCGCCGACGACGUGCUGAGGGUAUUCGGGGCCAACCACAGCCUGUCGGCCGCGCAGCUCUCGGCGCUGCUGCACCAGCUGGGCGCCGCGCCCGCCCUGGGCUCCGCGCUGCCGCUCCACCACCUGCACCACAACCAGUGCUUGACUAGUGAAGAAAUUUUUUCUUUGCAUGGGAUACCAAACAACAGUCUCAUAUCAAAUUCCAGCUUCUCUACAAUAUGUCCCGCUGUUUUGCAACAGCUAAUUUUUCACCCAUGUGAUCAUCAGGAAAACUUUGAGGAUACAUCUAAACCACAUUCUUUACAAGUUUGGGGAUUUGGGUUCCUGGCUGUGACUAUCAUUAACUUGGCAUCGCUUCUGGGAUUGAUUUUAACUCCUCUCUUAAAGAAGUCGUAUUUCCCCAAGGUUUUAACUUACUUUGUGGGUUUGGCCAUUGGUACUCUCUUUUCUAAUGCAAUUUUCCAGCUCAUUCCAGAGGCGUUUGGGUUUGACCCGAAAGUAGAUAACUAUGUUGAGAAGGCAGUUGCUGUGUUUGGUGGAUUCUAUAUUCUCUUUUUUGUGGAAAGGAUUCUUAAAGUGAUAUUAAAGAUCUAUCACCAGACUGGCCAUAAUUACUUUGAAAAUGGUGAAGAGAGUCAUUCUCAGGAUAAAACUAACCCACCCAAACCACUGUCAUCCAGUAAUGGGGGGGCGUGUUACGCAAAUUCAGCCGUCAUAGAGAGCAAUGGAAAUCUUGGCUUUGACAGCAUCAGUGUGGUCUCAGCACAGGAAGAAGCCACCCAAAGCAGCUUAUGCAAGUGUCUUAAUGGGCGUCCACUGUCAAAGAUUGGGACCAUUGCUUGGAUGGUAACACUGAGUGAUGCUGUACAUAAUUUCAUAGAUGGUUUGGCUAUUGGUGCUUCUUUCACUCUGUCUCUGCUUCAAGGGCUUAGUACCUCCAUAGCCAUCCUGUGUGAAGAGUUUCCUCAUGAAUUAGGGGAUUUUGUCAUCUUGCUUAAUGCAGGAAUGAGUACUCGACAGGCUCUGUUUUUCAAUUUUCUGUCUGCAUGUUCUUGUUACAUUGGAUUGGCUUUUGGUAUAUUAGUAGGCAACAACUUUGCUCCUAACAUCAUCUUUGCAGUAGCUGGUGGAAUGUUCCUGUACAUCUCUCUGGCAGAUAUGUUCCCAGAGAUGAAUGAUAUGCUGCGGGAGAAAGUGACAGGAAGAAAGAUGGAUCUUACAUUCUUCCUUAUUCAGAAUGCUGGUUUGCUAACGGGGUUUACUGCUAUACUGAUGAUCACCUUGUAUGCAGGAAAUAUUGAGCUGUGAUAAUGCAAGUGAAAAUGGAAUCAUUAUUGAAGACAUGAAGUAAAUUGCAAAUGGAAGACCCUUGAAAUCCAUAAAGGGACAUUCAUUAAUGACAAGUCCCAUCCUAUCCCUCUUGCCCCAAAUAUAGGAAGUUCUUCUUUAGGACUUGCAGUCAAUCCAAAUAGCAGGAGCUGUCAACUUCUGUACAAUGCCAAAAAAAAAAAGUGCUAGUACUUCUAUGUCUACUUAAAAUUAUCAGACAUAUCUGAACUGUCAUAGAGAAAGGAUGUUACUUGGCCAGUAGAAUAAUGCAAUACAUGCAACUCAGGACCAACUGAAAGCUGAGGUGUACAAGGAAGAUGCGUAUUUAAAAGAAAAUAACAGAGUUUCAUACCCUUUUUUAACUGUGAUGAAGGCAAGCAGUUUCAAUUUUCCUGACUUUCAUGCAGAAUUUGUCUGUGUAACAUCCCCUUUCCCCAUCCAAAAAAAAAAAUCAAAUUAUUUCAGAGUAGGUACUAAUGAAGCUAAGAUUUUUAAUUACUACUAAUUAACACUGGAAGGAAAGAUAGCAGUUCCUGCUUUUGAUCUUCUCUCUUUAUAAGUGCACUAGGGAAUUGUUGAUUUAUUUUGAGAACCACUUUUUUUAAUUAGAGGGAACCUGUGUUAAAUUUAUGACUUUUAUCAACUCCAUAAUAUUUUAGAAACAUUGAGUAUUUUAAAAUGUACAAGCAUUUUGUAUUCUAUGAAAAUAAUAAACUUUUGUAAUUAAGUUUCACAAAUAUUCUCUUUAAAAAAAUUGGUAUUUUAGUUUCACAAAGUGGAAUUUAGAAAAAAAUCUUGCUAAAAUCAACAUUCCAGUAAGCUUUUUUGUAAUUUGAAUAAUUUCCUCAUGUGCAGUUGAGUGGAAGUAAGUGAUAAUAAAAUAUACAAAUUCUUAUCACAAUCUGUUGCAUGUGACCUUUCUAAAAUCAUGCUUAUAUGUAUGAGUUCUUCUGAAAUAAACAAUUCAUCACCUUUAGUGUUACAGGAUGUACACAAGGAAAUUCAUAAAAAAAUAUAGUCCAUUUCAAUCAACACUUUGCUUUGAAGGAAAUGUCAUUCUCUAGUAAGUUUCUUUUUUCAUUGAAUUUUAAGCAAGUUUUACAGCUUCAAAGAAGAUACUAUUUUUUGAUGUAUUUCCUGGUUGUAGGAAGGGACAAAUAUUUUAUUUUUAAUUCUCUAUUAAAAUAUAUUUUCUACCAGAUAAAGGAUUUAUUUUAAUAUUUUACUUGAAUCUCAUCUGUAAUUACAUUAGAGAAAAUAACUAGGUGUCUGUUCUUCCGCACAGAAGUUGUAAAUGAUACUUACUUUAAAAUAUGUUAUAAAUGUUAAAAUGUAAUCAUAGUAGCCAAUGACAUUUGCUGUAUGGAAAAAGCAUUUACUAGUCACUUUGUGCUCUCUAAGUUUCUGUGAAGAAGAAUCCUCCCACUCCAUGUCUUUCCUUUAAUUCCUUCCUUAUUGAUUCCUUGGAUAUAAGCUGUUUGUAAAUGCUACUCUUGAGUAUGACAAUAAUUUAUUAUAGUAACUAUGAAUGUUCAUUGACUUUUUAAAAUAAUUUGACCAUUUCUAGUUCAUCAGAUUAUUUUAAUAAGAUACCUGCAUGGUACUUUUCACCUUUAAAUCCAAACAUUUGCAAAGGAGACUUGAUUUUUAUUAACUCCCUAAGGAGGAAAACCUGAGGCAAACGAGUCAUUGAAAUAACCUACUUUUAGAUCACAGAGCAGACUAGAGAUGGAACAGUCUGAUUUUCUGUGCAGUGCUUUAGUCAAAAACCAAAUUGUCUUUUCUGCUAAUUGGAUAUUUAGUACAUAAGAAAGUUUUUUGAUUUCUGUAUGGGCAGGUUUGUCUGUAUAUCUUUGCUAUUAUUAUUUGUUUGUCCAGUACAUAUAAAAUACAUCUAUUCCAAUUCUAGGACUUGCAGUGAUUUCCUAGACUUUGCAGAUACAUCCAGUGAGGAAGAAGGAUGAGCAAACAUGCUGGUUUUUUGUGACAAAUAAGACUGCAAAUAGUUACUCCCCAAAAGGUUUGAAAAUUAGUCGAGGGAAAGACUUUCAUAUUCUUUUUCAUGUUAAUGUCAUCUGCAAUACUUAAAUUGCCACCUCUUCAGCCUUCUUUUCAACAGUUGUGCAAAUUCAGCAUGUAAUGUAAUUUCAUAGGGCUCUUACGUACUUUUGUAUAUGUUGUUUCCUUAGGGCAAAUUAUUGGACAUCUAAUGUUAGGCAUUAUCUAACAUAUACUUGGGAAGAUAUUCUGUGUUGGCAAUACUGUCAUAGAUAGUAUACAGUUGUAAAUAGAUCACUGUCAUAAAGUUUCCUUUUUUUCAUGAUGUGAUUCAGGACCUAAGACACACUUUUGAAAAUUUCACUAGAGGUGGGGAAAGAUCUAAUACCACAAUGCCUUCCCCACGCCCACCCACCCCGCUGAUAAUACACUAAAGAAGGAGCCAGGAGCGUAUAAAGAGCAACAAGAUGGACAAGGGUAAAUCCUAGAGUUCUUCUGACCUCUUGAAGACAGGAUAUGCAGAUAAGUAAAAUGGUCUGUGGGGGAAGCCUGUCAAAUAUGCCAUACAUAAUUAUCAUUUAUGAUUUCAGGAAAAAUAAACACAAAAAUUUGGUCAGCACUUUAGGGUUACUGUUUUUGACAUUUUGAUGAGUUCUUGACUGAAUAAGGAUUUAAGGCAUCAAACUAAAAAUUUAGUCUCAACUAUAACCAACCAGCUAAACUAAAUAUCAGCCCCAUUCUAACAGUAGUAUGGAAUGCAUUGUGGUCUUCUCUAUGCUGAAGUAUUUGCCCUGCUGCUCCAUUAACUUUUGUAGCCUUCCUGAAGCUUUGUGUUGCCUGAAUAAAAAGAGCUACAAAACUUGAACUAUAUGGUUUAAAGAUGACUUGAACAUGCAUUAAUUGCAUUCAGUAACGCUAAUGAUAGCAGUGGAAACAUCUCCUAUGUUUCCACUAUGUGUGCUAAUUUCUGCAUCACAAUCUGUAAUUUUUAAGAAACCACUGAUUUUACCUGUAUAUAGGCGAACAGAUUCACAUAUUACCAUGUUGUUUUGUCUUCUACUGUAGCAUGUCAUCUGUGUAAACUCGAAGGUGACUAAGAUCCAGGGAGAAAACAGUUUUAGAUGACUGUUUUUCUGCUUCAUGCAAUUCUAAUGAAGACAUUUCAAGUAAUGUUGAGCCAAGUUUUAAUGUCUCUGAGCAUGUAACUUGUUGCUAAAUUUAGAACAUUGAUUGAACAUUGAUUGAACAUGCAUUUCCUUUAGACAAUAAUGCUACACAGGUAGAAUUCAAAAAAUCUUUCAUAAUCCUUGAAACUUAAAAAAAAAAUAAUCCCACAAGUAGUUUAAGCCAAGUGAAAAUUGCUUAGAUCUGAUUAUAGGAACAGCAGCACAUAACAAGAGACAUACUCUACUAUCUACAGUUAUGUGAUCUAGUCAGCUGUAGUUGAUUCCUUGAGUAUGUUGGAACAGCUUCAGGUGUUUGAGCUUCCAGCCUAAGUGAUGGGUCUAAUAAAGCACUGAUGCUGUGAGGCCAUUUCCAAAAGGUUUUAAAUUGUUCAAAAUUCUUCAGUGGAAGUUCAACUAAAGAAUACGAUGAUAGAAAUAAAAUUGUCUCUAGAAAUGCAUGUUGUAUUUCACAAAUCAAAAAUACAUAUGGAGCAGGGCACUAACUUGGAUUUCCCUUUGCAUGUAUAGAUUUCUAGGUGCCACCAAACCAUUUCAUGUAUACCUAUGCACUGAAUGUGUAUUGUAGCUCUUGACUUUUAUUUUAAUGUAAUAUCCCAUACUUUCCAGGAAUGCUGUAGUUGCCUUACCAGCUCUUACAAUACUUGAUGCACAAGUUAACUCUCUGAGAUUUGAGAAGAAACUUAUCUCCCUGUCUUGCAGUUCAAUUCAAAAUGUACAGGUGUGUCAAGCUGACAAAGGUUGCUGAAAUGAAGACUAGAGAGAAAGUCAAAGAUCUGCUAGCAGUAGAUGUAAUGCACCUGUCAAAGGCAAAGUUACAUUCUACUUUUGUGACUUAAUCCCAUCUACAUUUAUUUUGCACCCAAUAUAUUGUCUCUCUUUUUUUUAAAAGUUAUUACAGUGCUUUUGAAGAAGAUAAUGUGUUUACAUGUCUUGUGAUUGCUAUUAUGAUCAUAAUGCUUUAUUCUAAUUUAAAUGCCUUCCACAGUUUCUACAUUUUCUUCCAUUUUAAAGUUAAGUGCCAUGGCAUUUAGUGCUUGGGGUAAAAAUAGGAGCUACAGAAUGCCAUAGGAAGUGAACUGCAGGGAAGAUGUAGCUUGAAUUUAUGAAUAGCAUGUAAACUUAGGCAAUGAUGUAAUUCUCCAUAAUACAGCUAUUAACUGCUGCUCUGGGUGGAAGCACUAUGAAAUAUUCAUAGGACCCAAAUUUGAUUUUCUUUAGAGAGAUACCAGUUCCUGACUCUGAGGACAAAAAACUUUGACACUCUUUCUUAUCUUGACUACCUCCAUGGAUAGUUGUUCAUUUCCUACUGCUUACUAGCUAUCUUGUUUGGUCUUUUAACUUGCAAUCUUAGCCUGUGUUAGAGUUUAAAAAUGUCAUCAUUUAGUGACUUUAAGUGUUGAAAAAACAUUCCACCUUCACUAUGAUGUACUGCCCUUGUUCCUGUGCUUAAUUGGAUUUUUCUAUGACUUUUGAAUAUAAAAUAUUUCAAUUGUGAUUGUCACUAUAAAAUCCAAUGCAUAUUAAGUUCCUGUGUUGACUUCAGAUUGAAGUCUUUAGUUCUCAUGUACUCAUUUCACAUCUAGAUCCUGAAUUGUCCCAUAAAAGGGGGGUUGUGUAAACAGCAUAGCUCACAGAUAAGGAAAGUAAGUAAAAACAUGAAAUACCUAUCUAGAAGAAGACAAGAAAUGGAGUUAGGAUUAGAAUAUGAGCCUACUGUCUAUAAUUGUUAGCUAUUCUUUAGAACACUUGAGAAGAUGGAUGACAUCCCCAAAGCUAAUAUCAGAAAUUCUCCUUGAUUCUUUAUCACCUUCUUUUAAAAAAUAGUAGUUAGAAUAAUUUUGAUCAAAACAUACUGCUUCCUGGAAACUCCCAAAAUCUGAUCACCUCAGUUCUGCUCCCUCUGUUUUAUCAUGGCUUUACCUCAUUAUUCACAGCCAGUAUCUCCUGAUGACAGCUACAUUUAUCCCAUUCCGCAUUACUGUUUUACCAUCCUGGCAAGUGCUGAGCAGGAGGUCAUCAUGAUUUCGUUUGCUAAGAAAAUAUAGUUGGACCCAUGAAGUUGCUGAAAUCAGCCUUGUGGUGUUUUGUGGAGUUGGUCUUGGCAAUGCCUGAGCUAUUAGAAUGAAAAUAAUGAUAAUUAGUAAUCCUCUUCAAUAAAAGAAUUUUGUUAGUACACCAAAUAUUAUAUUAUAUUAUGUAGAACAACAGUGGUAUAAACAGUGGAAGACAAGAAUAAAAUUUAUUUAUAUCCAGCUAGCCUUAGUCAAUUGGAGAAACAGCAGCAGUCAUCUCUGGUUAGGCUGGUUCUUGAGAAGACGACAUGCACAGUGCCAUUCCCCUAGUGCUAAAGAGUGAAAAACCCAAUCUAAUUAGAAGAAACAUAAAACGAGAUUAUAUGAGUCAAGCAUAUUUAGUUAGCUAGAGAAUACAAAAAGGCUUUGAUGGCAUUGGCCUAAAGGAUACAGAAAAUGCACUAAAAUCCAUUUUUCUGAUUCAUAGGUGAAAGCUAAUGAAGUGUUUGUCUCACAGUAAAUGCAACAACACAAACCUGACUGUUUCUGUAAGACAAAAAAGUUAUUGC